CACCUUCCUAGCUAUAUAAAACCCUAUCUACUUCACUCUUCCUCUCAACUCUCCCUUCUUCUCUUUGCUCUGUUCUUUCUCUCUCUCUCUCUCUCUCUCUCUCUCUCUCUCUCUCUCUCUCUCUCUAGAAAGCAACUAUGAUAGUGGUUAGAGAGUACGACCCUAGCAGAGACUUAAACGGUGUGGAGGAUGUAGAACGACGGUGCGAGGUCGGACCAAGCGGCAAGCUUUCUCUCUUCACCGACCUUUUGGGUGACCCGCUUUGUAGGAUCCGACAUUCACCUUCUUUUCUUAUGUUGGUGGCUGAGAUGGGUACGGAGAAGAAGGAGAUAGUGGGCAUGAUUAGAGGUUGCAUCAAAACCGUUACAUGUGGCAUAAAACUCGAUUUAAAUCCCAAAUCCCAAAACGACACCGUUAAACCUGUUUACACUAAACUCGCCUACGUUUUGGGCCUUCGCGUCUCUCCUUCUCAUAGGAGGGAAGGGAUAGGGUUCAAGCUCGUGAAGAUGAUGGAAGAAUGGUUUACGCAAACCGGCGCAGAAUAUUCGUAUAUUGCAACUGAAAACGAUAACCAAGCUUCCAUUAAUCUUUUCACGGGAAAAUGCGGUUACUCCAAGUUCCGUAAACCGUCCAUAUUGGUUAAUCCGGUUUAUGCCCACCGGGUUAACGUCUCGCGUCAGGUAACCAUCAUCAAACUGGACCCGGUUGACGCAGAAUCACUGUACCGGCUCCGGUUCAGUACAACAGAGUUUUUCCCGCGGGAUAUUGAUUCGGUGUUGAACAACAAACUGUCUCUCGGGACUUUUGUCGCGGUGCCACGUGGAAGCUGUUACGGGUCCGGAUCAGGAUCAUGGCCCGGUUCGGCAAAGUUCCUGCAGUAUCCACCCGAGUCAUGGGCUGUCUUGAGCGUUUGGAACUGCAAAGACUCGUUUCGGUUAGAGGUUCGUGGCGCGUCGCGGUUGAGACGCGUAGUGGCUAAAACGACUCGUGUGGUUGAUAAAACGCUCCCGUUUUUGAAACUUCCUUCGAUACCGUCGCUGUUUAAACCCUUUGGUCUUCACUUUAUGUACGGUAUCGGCGGAGAUGGCCCACGUGCAACAAAGUUAGUGAAGUCACUGUGCGCUCAUGCACAUAACAUGGCGAAGAAAGGAGGCUGCGGUGUUGUGGCGGCGGAAGUUGCCGGAGAAGAGCCGUUGCGGCAAGGGAUACCUCACUGGAAAGUACUAUCGUGUGAGGAAGAUCUAUGGUGCAUUAAAAGGCUUGGAGAAGACUAUAGUGAUGGUGUUGUUGGUGACUGGACUAAGUCACUACCUGGUACUUCAAUCUUUGUGGAUCCUAGAGAAUUUUAAAGUUACAAACUUAUUACAACCUUCAUGUCACAUAUUAGGGGGUUUCUUGUAAACUCUUGUUUUGUUCUUUAAGUUCUUGAUGGGUUCAGUUUUAGAAUUAGUAAUCUUCUUUUUAAGUAA